AUGGAUUGGUUGAAGACCUUAGGAGAGGUGCUGUGGGAUUUCGAUCAUCUUCUAAUGAGGUUUACUAAGGAUGGGAGAGAAGUGUCCAUUACUGGAAUUAAUUCCAAACCCAUUAAGGUGAUCGAGGCUCAACGAAUGGAACGUUUGUUGAAAGUAGCAAAGCCGUUGGGGGUGGUUGUGACACCAUUGAGCACACAGUCAGUUUUCAGAUUGGAAGGUCAAGUCAUGUUGGUGCAGAAAGGUCAGGUCAUGCUGGGGCAGGAAGGUUCAGAGCCCGCGAUUAAUAAUCUGAUUCAGCGCUUUAACAAGCUUUUUGAUGAACCUACCUGGUUGCCCCCUUUGAGAGAACAUAAUCAUCGUAUCCCAACAGUGCCAGGGAGUUCCCCGGUGAAUAUGCGUCUUUAUAGAUACGCUCACUUUCAAAAGGUGGAGAUUGAAUGUUUAGUGCAAGAAAUGUUGAAAGCUGGGACUAUUCGUGCUUCUAAUAGCCCAUUUUCUUCCCUGGCUCUCUUAGUGCGCAAGAAAGAUGGGUCUUGGCAUCUAUGUGUGGAUUAUUGGGCCUUAAACAACAUCACCAUUAAGGACAAGUACCCCAUUCCAAUUAUAGAUGAGUUAUUGGAUGAACUUUAUGGUGAAGCCGUGUUUUCCAAACUAGAUUUGCGGACUGGGUAUCAUCAAGUCAGGGUGGACGAUGCGGAUAUUCACAAAACAGCCUUCCGAACCCACGACGGUCAUUUUGAAUUUCUGGUAAUGUCGUUUGGCUUAACAAAUGCGUCGGGAUCAUCAAUUAUAUGUGAAACUCUCCAAAUGCUGCUUUGGUGUAAACCAGGUGGAUUAUUUGGGUCACGUUAUCACGUAGAAGGAGUCGCGGUAGAUCCGAUGAAAAUACAAAGUAUGUUGGACUGGCCAACUCCUUCCUUCCUUACAGCGUUGAGAGGGUUCCUUGGCCUCAGUGGUUAUUACCGAAAAUUUGUCAAAGACUAUGGAAAGAUCAGCACUCCGCUUACUGAGCUGUUAAAGAAGGGCAAGGUUUUUGUCAUUGAAACGGACACAAGUGGCUUGGGUUUAGGUGCGGUGUUGACUCAGACCCAUCGUGAAACUUUAAUCCUUGACACACCAGCAAAUCACCAUCACCUUGGGCCACAUUUAGGUGACAACACUAAGUUGUUGGGAUACGACUUUGAGAUUGUCUAUCAGAGAGGAGCUGAUAAUACAGUGGCGGAUGCUUUGUCUUGCAGGGAGAAACUAGAAGGAAGCUUAUGUCCUGUGUCUAGGAUAGAGCCCACUUGGCUGGAGCAAUUAAAGGCUGACUUGGCAGGGGAUCCCUGGGGUCUGGUAGUUCUUAGUCCCACCUCUCCGUGGAGACAGAAGCUUUUAUUUGAGCGGCAUGAUAGUCCUCAAGCGGGUCAUGAAGGGUAUAGAAAAACAUGGCAAAAGUACGAGACCUUGAAUGCUCCUGGAUUGCUUGGGCCCGUAUCUGAGCUAUUCAUUAAUCUUUAUCCUAUUCAUUGUUAUUUAGGAAGGAUAAUUCCUAACAACUUGUGUCUGAGCUCGAGCUCGAGUUCGAGUGAAGCAAUGGCUGCAGAAGAUGGUAAGAUCAUAGUCGAUAAAUUUACGGACAUGGAUCUUGGAUUCUGGAAGACGCAAAUAGAAGAAAUUGUCCAGCCUCUCUUAAGGAAGAAACCAAAAACCAUGAAAGAUGACUAA